UAUGUGAUGGCUAACUUAAACUAGAUGAUAGAUUUGAAGUAAAUAACAGCAACAGAAGCUUAAGCAGCGCGUGUGCAGUGUUUAAAGUGUUGAUCUCGUUCGGGUGUCUUUGUUUUUUUUUUUUUUAACUAUUUGUGUUGAGUGUUGUUGUAUUUUGCGUUUGGAUUUCGUUUGGGGGUAAAGCUGAAGCGCUAAGAUCGUUAUGAAUUCAGUACUUCAUCACGUACCUGUGGAGAAUGGUCGCCGUUUCGGGUUAAUCCAGAAACCACACGCACACUUAUGUACGUACAGACAAUCAAUAGACAAUUGCAACUGCAUGUUAACUGUUAACUGCAGUCUCGACAUCAACAAAAAAACAUACACAUACUCGCGCGCGCUCUGGUUUUGUUUUUUUAAAAACAACUCUUCUACAAAUAGCGUAAUCGGCGAUCGUAGAGGAAGAAGACCGCUUGUUGGAUUUGGAUUUGGAUUUCAUUCACUGUUUGUUAAGUUGUGGUCGAGCAUAGACGGACGUUUAUAAUUGCGCGUGUGUCGGUCGUCGGUACACGAACGAGAUCAUCCAUCAGUAAUUUGAAAUUUAAUACGCUUUCCUUUAAUAGUAAAUGUUUGUGUGAUAAAUUUCUUUAAUAAAAACAAAAAUUGAUAAAGAUAUAAAAAAAAUAAAAAAAAUAAAAAUAAAUAAAUAAAAAGAAACAACUGCAACGUGACGGUAAAUAGAAAGUGCAAGACCUCGCAACAAAUUAAAAAGAUAUAUAUACCCAAUGCCAAAAACAGGCGACAACGCAGGACAUUCUCGUAACCAACUCAAAUACUCCACUCAAGUGUUCAUAAUAGAAAUUUUAACGAAAAAUGUCUACCACUGGUGCUUAUAGUAUUUUGAAAAAAUAUUGAUAUAAAAGAGUUUAGUGUCAUCAUUUUUCUCUGGUCGUUCAAACCUAAAUGAAAUAAAAAAAUAAUAACUUCUCGCAUUCCAUCGCUUAACAAAUGUUAAAAAAAUAAAGGAAAAAUUUGAAAAAAAAAAGAAAAAAAUAAGAAAGAAAGGCUUUUUGUAAUGUGUGCGGUUUUCUUGCGGACUCAUACGAACGGAUGGAUACCUGUUUACCUACCAAACCAAACCGACACAACUUUUAAAUUACGAUUAGCCACUUCCGGAUGCACAAUCAUCUUGUAAGAAACAACAAAAAGCAAUAACCGUCUCACAGCGAAGGAUGAUGGUCCAACGUGAACGCAAUAAACAAAUAGGCCACCACUACCUUUCUUCUAUCUUAUUAAGCGGCAUAUAAGCGACUAUACAUACAUGUGCAUAUAGAUUUUUAUUUUCCCAACUAUUCAACAUCCUCAACGAACCAAUCAACGAUUUCACUUAAAUCAUUUACUAUAAAAAAUACGAGCAAACAUUUAUUGCGCCUUGCCUUGGCUUGGCUUUGCGUCUUCCUGUUUCUUCUAUAUAACAACAUCUCUUAAACGGAUAUCCGUUCUGCAAAUAAGUUGAAGCUAUAACCGCAGUGUUUGUGUUUACCCUACGUUCAUGUGAAUAUUUAAGGUUGUGAAAACAAGUACCGUUCGUUUAAAAUGGAUGCAAAAAUUAUCAUCAUAAUGGCCAAAGCAUUUGUUUGACUUGUUUCUCAACGCAAAUGCAACGUUGUUGCAAUUCGUCAAUUGAACGUUACCGACUAUGUCACAAACGAAGGCCUGAUUUUCUUUAAAAAAAAAAAUAAUUUUCAUGAUACUGUUCAUAUAUGAAGCCUCGUCAUUCCUUCUCUGAGUUUAUUUGAGAUAAUAAAUUUAAUGCCAAAAUUUAUGAUAGCCGAACAUCAAAUCUAGUAGAUUAGCUAGUAAUGAGAGAAAAAGACCAUUCUCCCAGAAAAAUGCUUCCUAGCCCAAAACAAGGGUCCGUUUACCCAAUACUUGGCCUAGUGCCCAACAAUUAUGCCUCAAAUGUACCUUACGACCUAACAUCGCCAGCACGAGCUUCUACAUCGACCCUCACUACUACGUUGGCUUUAUCUGCCCUUUGCGGCGGCCAGAAAGAUGCGAAAAAUAAGGACAAAAGACGUAGCGGUAAUACUUACGAUCAACCCUUGGAUCUUAGAUUAGCGCAUAAACGAGAAGAAAAGGGCCAUACAAAUAACUCCGCCGAAAUGAUGGAAGAUGAAAAUAGCAAUGUGGUAAUAUUCGCUGCACAUUCUGUUCGAAAGUCUCCUGGGGAAAAGUCUUGUCAAAACGCUGAGUGCCAAAAUGCCAGUUCCAAAUCAGUGCCCGACUUAAGUGAAAAGCCUAAUACGAAUAGCGGUAGUGAACUGAAUAACAAUAAUUUGCUAACACAAAACUCUGCCUUAGUAGAGUUUGACAGUUUGAUUAGUAAGAAGAUGCUGCGAGUAUUGCGUGAUAACGCCAAAAGCGAACGUAAAGGGAACUUGGAUACGCUGACUCUGCAGAAUGUCGAUAAGCUGCCAUUCCCCGUUUCGGCUUUACAUCCCACUUUACUGGAGACAAUGGCCAAAGCUAUACCUCUGCCAUACCGUAACCCAUUUUUUCUAACUCAAGCUACUCAUGGCGGCAAUUCAACUAAUAAUGCCUUCACAUUUUUAAAUACUAAUAUUAAUAAAGACAAGCCUCAGUCAACAUCUGGUCCUAUCGCAGUCGGCACGUCUACGCCUUCUUUAAACUCGCUAACGCCUGAGUCGCCAUUAAGAGAUCUGAGCUUUGAUCAUUCACGAGGACGUAAUAGUUUAGCCGACUCUUUGCUACUUAAUCACAAUGGGCCGGCUCCCGCUACUGCUACACAGAACAACCAGCCUUCACAGUAUCGUCAUAAACGAAACCCUGUCAACCGCUCGAAUUCUCAAGUAGGCCAGAGUACGCCCUAUAAAUGCAAGGAUCGUUACACCUGCAAAUUCUGCGGCAAAGUAUUUCCUCGCUCAGCCAACCUCACCCGACAUCUAAGAACCCAUACUGGCGAACAACCCUAUAAGUGCAAAUAUUGCGAACGUUCCUUUAGUAUUUCCUCCAAUUUACAGCGUCACGUGCGUAACAUACAUAACAAGGAGCGACCGUUUAAAUGUGAAAUUUGUGAAAGAUGUUUUGGACAGCAAACUAACUUAGAUCGUCAUCUAAAAAAACACGAGGCCGACGCUGUUUCGAUGGGUUUAGGGCUCAAUGAACGUCUGCGCGGUGGUUUGCGGCGUUUUUGUGAAAAUCCUGCCGAAGAAUCCUAUUUUGAAGAGAUACGUUCCUUUAUGGGUAAAGUUACGCAGUUACCUCUAAGCAGCCCCGGUAAUGUUAAUAAACCUAACCAAGCCGAAAAUAACCCGCCAAUAGAUAUGCACUCGCCCGCUAGGAGUUCCUCAUAUGCUCCCUCCGAUCCUGAUUCGACAGCCAGUGGUUUACGCAUAAUUACACAAGACGAGACUAGCAAUCAUAGCAUUCAAUCGUCAGAAGCACAUCACAUUUCGCAAAACAAUCACCAAAAUGAAAAACCAACGGCUUCACAGCCUUCUUCACCUACUCUUAACAAUAAUAACAGCGAGCCCUCUUCUACUAUUUUGUCUUCUUCGAAGCGUAAACUAAGUCCUAUGCGUCUUGAACCAGCACCCAGAACGACAACAACAUCAGCAGCCACCUAAUACGCGCACAUUCAUUACGCAACUACAACCUACCACCCUAACCACUACAGUGUAUAGUGUAUAGUUUUUUUUUAUCACUUUAAUAUUUGAUUAAGUAAAUCCUAUCCUGCUUUGUUUAAAUCUUUGUACGUAUGCAUGUGCAUGCAGUUAUGCCAGUAUAGAUUUUUUAUUGUCCGAUUUUU